AUGCAGAUUUUUGGAGAAGUGGAAUCUGGGAAACUGCCUCAGUUAAGAAUAUCUCAAAUUGAUCCGUUAGCAAUUAGAGACGCGGUUAUUAGACCAAUUUACGAUGAUUCAAGUGAUGAAGAUCAAUAUCAUCAGCCAUCGAAUCUCACUAAUAACCAGUUUGUUCCUCUUACUGUCUUCGAUAAGUUAGCAGAAGACGAGCAUGUAUCAAUACUAUACGCUUAUAGACCACCAAACCCAUCAAACAGAGUGCUAGAACAAGGUCUCCGGAAGGUUUUAACGGAGUAUCGAGAAUGGGCCGGAAGGUUCGGCACAGACGACGGUGGUCGGCGUGUGAUUCUGCUCAAUGAUGAAGGUAUGAGGUUCAUUGAAGCAUCAGCUGAUUGCACUCUCGAUGAGGCUAUGCCCUUCAAAAGAUCCACAUUAUCAAGCUUUAACCCAAGCUAUAUAGGUAUUGAAGCGUUGGCUCUAGUUCAGCUCACCAGAUUCACUUGUGGUUCAGUAGUUAUUAGUUUUUCAUCAAACCAUAUGGUUGCUGAUGGUUUGUUUGUGAGUCCUUUCAUGGUUGCUUGGGGCCAAGCUUGCCGCGGAGUUGAUAUCCAUCCAUGUCCUUCACAUGACCGAAACAUUUUUUCUCCUCGUGUUCCUUCUGGUGUCAAGUUUGAUCAUAUGACUACUGAGAUCAGAAAGAGAGAUAUCAUUCAACAAAUCCUUAAACCUCCAUUUUCAGGGGAUGAUGUGAUUCAACAUAAGGUUCAUUUCAAACCCGAGUUUAUAGCCAAGAUCAAGAGUCAAGCUUCUAGUUCACUGUCAGGUAUUGCGAAUGGCGAGCAAAGACCUUAUAGCACCUUCGUAAGCUUAGCUGCUCAUUUAUGGAUAACCAUUACAAAGGUUCGAGAACUUGCUGAAUUUCAGAAAACUGAGAUGCGGAUAACGGUGAACGGCCGAAGAAGGAUGAAGCCACGUGUACCUGACGAGUUCUUUGGUAAUUUAGUGCUCUGGGCUAACCCUGAAGCUCAAGCAAAGGAUAUCUCGGAUGAACCAUUGAGUGGCACUGCAAAGAUAAUACAUGAAGCAGUGGCUAAGGUGAAUGAUGAUUACUUCAAAUCUUAUAUCGACUUUGCUAAUUACGACAUACAGGAGCAGGAUUUGAUACCUCAAAAAAAGGUGUUUGUGCCGUCUUGGUGGCCAAAUUUGGAAGUUGAUUGUUGGCUUGGAUUCCCAUUUGGUGAGGUUGAUUUCGGGGUUGGCAAACCUUGUAUUUUCAUGCCUUUGUGUUAUGAUUGGGAGGGUGUUAUAUACUUGCUUCCUUUUUUUAGUGGUGAUGGAGGUGUAGAUGUCUGCAUAACUUUGUUUCAACAACAGUUGGAUCUCUUCGAAAAGUUAUGUUACUCCAUUGAUUAG